AAUCAUAAUUGGUCCAGCAACAACAGAAAUAGUAUAGCCAACAACAACCCACCUCCACAGCAAACCAUGUCACAGAAAUACCAACAGAAAAGCUUACCUCAGAAAGAUGGAAGCGUGUGCCAAAUAUGCAAAAUUGCUGGACAUAAUGCUUUAAAGUGUUGGUAUCGAUUUGACCAUGCCUACCAAAGUGAAGAAAUUCCUCAAGCAUUGGCGGCACUUACCAUAAUGGAUGACAAAGACAAAAGUACCUAUAUUGAUACUGGUGUCACUGAUCAUAUGACCUCUGAUCCAGCAUCUAUUGGUUCCUUAAAUCUUAAUGAUGUACUUGUUGUUCCUGAACUCAAGAAAAAUCUGUUAUUUGUUAGUAAGUUUACUGAUGAAAAUCCUUGUGUGUUUGAGUUCUCAUCUAAUGGUUUUGUGAUCAAGGACCAAGUAACACAAGCAGUGGUGGCCAAAGGAAUUAGGAAAGGACAACUUUAUGCACUGGAAGAAGAAGAGAAGCAUGCCCUUGCAGCAAUUUCAAAUAAAGCUACAGAUUCCAUUUGGCAUCAAAGAUUAGGACAUCCUAAUUCUAAUGUGCUAGAAGCUUUAGUCAUGAAAAAUGAUAUUGUAGUAUCAAAAUGGACUAAGCCCUCUCAUUUAUGCUCUAGUUGUCAAAUGGGGAAGAGUUGUAAGCUUCCUUUUAAUAAAAAUAAUGAAAGAGCAGUGGCUUUGUUUCAAAAAGUUCAUUGUGAUUUGUGGGGGCCUUCUCCAGUUCAAUCUACUAACCACUUUGUUUAUUAUGUGAUUUUUGUGGAUGAUUUCAGCAGGUUUACUUGGUUUUAUCCUUUGCAUAAGAAGUCUGACUUCUUUGAUGUUUUUCAGAAAUUUCAAAAGAUGCUAGCAACACAAUUUGACAAAAACAUCAAAAUUUUUCAAUGCGAUGGUGGUGGUGAGUUCUCAAGUAAGGCUUUCAUUAAUCAUCUAGCAGCUUGUGGCAUUAAAUUACAGGUAUCCUGCCCUGGCACUCCGGAAUAGAAUGGGGUUGCAGAAAGAAAACAUCGACAUAUAGUCGAGACAGGUUUGACCAUGUUAAUUCAUGCUAAUAUGCCACCCCAUUACUGGGUUGAUAGUUUCUUUACAGCAGUAUUUCUUAUUAAUAGAAUGCCUACACCUAA